UCGUUUGUCUUGUUUUGAGGUUGGAGCGGUCUGUCUGCUUCUGCCUCAUACGGAUGUAAUCUAUGAGUCCCAAAUGUCCGAUGUAGUUUCCGAACAAGUGAAGAAGUUUAUUUUUCAGUCUAGUGCUGACAAAUCUGAAAACGGUCAAGUGGAGACAUUAGAAAUUCUGAUUCCUGAGCAACUUCAAGCGAGUUACAGUUUCUACACAUGGCCAUCAGCUCCUAUCCUUGCAUGGUUUCUGUGGGAGCGUCGUAAGCAACUACCGGGCAAACACGUUGUUGAGUUGGGUGCUGGAACAGCUCUUCCUGGGAUAUUGGCUGCUAAAUGUGGAGCAGCAGUUACUCUAACUGAAAGUGCCUGUUUGCCCAAGAGUUUACAGCAUGUUCGCCAUAGUUGUGAAGUGAAUGGUCUCUUGCCAAACCAAGUGCGUGUACUUGGACUUACAUGGGGUCUGUUCCUCAGCAACAUUUUUACUCUUGGUCCAAUUGAUCUUAUUCUUGGUUCUGAUUGUUUUUAUGAACCUUCUAUAUUUGAAGACAUAAUUGUCACUGUUGCGUUUCUUCUUGAAAAAAAUCCAGAAGCUCGCUUUUUGUGUGUGUAUCAAGAAAGAAGCUCUGAUUGGUCAAUUGAACAUCAUCUCAACAAAUGGCAGCUCCGUUGUGAGCAAAUUCCUAUUGAUAACCUUGGAGCGGACAGUGGAGUUGACAUUCAUGAACUGAUGCAGGACCAUACCAUUCAUCUACUGGAGAUAACUAGAGUGCAAUAAUGGAUCAUCAGCCCAUGAACUCUAAACUCAAUCAA